UUGCAGUCCCUUGACUCCUUGCUGUCUGCGCUGGAUUCUGGACAGCCAGUAGACUUGAACAGUCUCCCUCCACCACCAGCAGAUGAACAACCAUCCAGUAAGCUGUUGGUCCCCCAGUCUCCAGUGAGCACAGAGUCUCCAGUCUCCACAGCUCCUCCUCCACCUCCUAAGGACCUCUUAGAGGCCUUGCAGCAGCGGAUGGAAAGAUAUCGCAGUGCAGCAGAGCAGGCAAAAGGGAAGGGUGAUGAUCGCAAGGCACGGAUGCACGAACGUAUUGUGAAGCAAUACCAAGAUGCCAUCCGUAGCCAUAAGUCUGGAAAGCCAGUCAAUGUAGCAGAGCUACCGGUGCCACCAGGGUUUCCUCCAAUCGAGGGAUCAAAUGCUGCACCUGCAGAGCAAAGUUUGGUAGGAGUGUUGGAGACGGCAAUGAGGUUGGCCAAUCAGCAGGAGGGAGAUGGUGAUGAUGAUGAGGAGGAUGAAAAAGGGAAAGCCUCAUCUGUUGCACAGAAGCCAGUACCUCGGCCAGGAACAUUGUCACAACCACAGUCAACAGCGCCCAAGACCUCUCCUUCCAAAAGCCCCAAAUUGUCUGGAAAAGCUGAGCAGCAACUGCAGUUUUUGGAAGGAAGAAAGAAACAGCUUAUGGCAGCUGCCCUCCGUUCUAAACAACACAAAGACAUAGAAGGGGCCAAGAUGUACCUGCGCCAAGCCAAGGGCCUGGACCCAAUGCUGGAGGCGGCACGUGGUGGACUGCCUGUGGAUAUCACCAAGGUACCCCCUGCCCCCAUUAGCGAGGCCGAUUUCAGUCUGGACCCACAGAAGAGAGGUGGUGCCUCAGCCCAGAAUAGUGAGAAGUACAACAAGAUCAUGGAGCAGCUCAAGAAACAGCAUGAGAUGUGUACAACUUCCUCUCAGCAGUUCACACACAUGGGCAACAUUACAGAGACAGCAAAGUAUGAGAAAUUAGCAGAGGAAUGCAUGAAAUAUAUAGAAAUUGUAAAACAGGCACAUGCACGGGGCCUAGCAGUGCCUCACUGUCACUACGAGGAGCGAACUGUCAGCGUUGUCAAGAUCUUCCCGGACCUGACCGCUUCAGACCUUGUGCUGUACAUCUCCAAAGCUGUGAAUUUACCCACACCCGCUGGAUCCUCUCAGAAUGAUAUGGACACCUUUGUUCGGUUUGAAUUUGCCUAUCCUAGUACGGAGGAAGCCCAGCGAGAUAAAACCAAUGUGAUAAAGGGGACCAACUCGCCAGUGUUUAAAGAGAAGUUUAAGCUCCAUAUUAAUCGCAGUCACAGAGGGUUGAAGAGGGCGAUUCAGGCAAAAGGAAUCAAAUUUGAAAUCAUCCAGAAAGGGGGGCUCUUUAAGUCCGAUCGUGUCUUGGGUACAGCGCAUCUAAAACUGGAAACCCUGGAGAACAGC